CAGGUGCAGCGGCAGCGGAAGAGGGAGAGUCGAAGGCAGCGGUGGCGGCAGCAGCCGCUCCAACUGGAGAUGGGACGUCUGCUGCCCCAGCAGCGGAACCCAGUUCCGGGGAGGCCGAAAGCGGGGAUGCAAACUUGGUUGAUGGUGGUGGCUUGGAGACAGAAUCUUCUAAUGGAAAAGAUACACUAGAAGGUGCUGGGGACACUUCAGAAGCGAUGGAUACACAGGCAGGCUCUGUGGAUGAGGAGAAUGGCCGGCAGUUGGGCGAGGUGGAGCUGCAGUGUGGUAUAUGCACAAAGUGGUUCACAGCAGACACCUUUGGCAUAGAUACCUCAUCCUGUCUACCUUUUAUGACAAAUUACAGCUUUCACUGUAAUGUAUGUCAUCAUAGUGGAAAUACCUAUUUCCUCCGGAAACAAGCAAACUUGAAGGAAAUGUGCCUUAGUGCUCUGGCCAACCUCACAUGGCAGUCCCGAACACAGGAUGAACAUCCUAAAACCAUGUUCUCCAAGGAUAAGGACAUUAUACCAUUUAUUGAUAAAUACUGGGAGUGCAUGACAACAAGACAGAGACCUGGGAAAAUGACAUGGCCAAAUAACAUUGUUAAAACGAUGAGUAAAGAGAGAGAUGUGUUCUUGGUAAAGGAACACCCUGAUCCUGGCAGUAAAGACUCAGAAGAAGAUUACCCCAAAUUUGGGCUUCUGGAUCAGGAUCUUAGUAACAUUGGUCCUGCUUAUGACAACCAAAAACAAAGCGGCGCUGUGUCCACUAGUGGGAAUCUAAACGGUGGAGCCGCUUUGGGAGGAGGAAUUGCAGCCGGAAGUAGUGGAAAAGGAAGAGGAGCUAAGCGCAAACAGCAGGAUGGGGGGACCACAGGGACCACCAAGAAAGCCCGGAGUGACCCUUUGUUUUCUGCUCAGCGCCUUCCCCCUCAUGGCUAUCCCUUGGAACACCCAUUUAACAAAGAUGGCUAUCGGUACAUUCUAGCCGAGCCGGAUCCCCACGCCCCAGACCCCGAGAAGCUGGAACUUGACUGCUGGGCAGGAAAACCUAUUCCUGGAGAUCUGUACAGAGCCUGCUUGUAUGAACGGGUUUUGUUAGCCCUGCACGAUCGAGCUCCACAGCUGAAGAUCUCUGAUGACCGACUGACUGUGGUUGGAGAGAAGGGCUACUCUAUGGUGCGGGCCUCUCAUGGGGUACGGAAAGGCUCCUGGUACUUUGAAAUCACCGUGGAUGAGAUGCCCCCAGACACUGCUGCUCGACUAGGCUGGUCCCAGCCCUUAGGUAACCUUCAGGCUCCCUUAGGUUACGAUAAAUUUAGCUAUUCUUGGCGAAGUAAAAAAGGAACCAAAUUCCACCAGUCUAUUGGCAAACACUACUCUUCGGGCUAUGGACAAGGGGAUGUCUUGGGGUUUUAUAUCAGUCUUCCUGAAGACACAGAGACGGCCAAGUCACUGCCUGAUACUUAUAAAGAUAAGGCUCUGAUAAAGUUCAAAAGUUAUUUGUAUUUUGAAGAAAAAGACUUUGUGGAUAAAGCCGAGAAGAGCCUAAAGCAAACUCCUCAUAGUGAGAUAAUAUUUUAUAAGAAUGGUGUCAGUCAAGGUGUGGCGUACAAAGAUAUUUUUGAGGGCGUGUACUUCCCAGCUAUCUCCCUCUAUAAGAGCUGCACGGUUUCCAUUAACUUUGGGCCAUGCUUCAAGUAUCCUCCAAAGGAUCUCACGUACCGCCCUAUAAGUGACAUGGGCUGGGGCGCUGUGGUAGAACAUACUCUGGCUGAUGUCCUGUAUCACGUGGAAACAGAAGUGGAUGGGAGGCGGAGUCCCCCAUGGGAACCCUGACCAGGUCCCUCUCUUUUCUGACAUGGACUUUCUGGAGAAUGAUACUGGGUGUGCUUUUGUUAUUAUUUGUUUUGGCUUGUUUGAACAGCAUUAAGUGUUCUCCCUAAGAUGCUGCAGAACACAGCCUUUCCUUUUUGCAAGUUAGAAGCCCAGGAAGUUGGGAACCACGGGAAACUUCUCUCCUCACUCUCAGUGAUGCUCUUGCAUUGUGUACCAUAUGCCAACACCUGCUGACUCCACCCUCCUCUGAGUUUCCUGUGAACUUGGUGCUGUACUAUGUUCCCUGCCAGCUGGGUUUUGUUGCCUAUGUUUCCUAAGGCAUGAAUAAGUAGCUAACUUAUUUAAAGAUAUUCCUUCUGUGGAUAUUGACUAUCCCAUCUGACUUCCAAGGAAGUUAUUGGCUUAUUUUUGAGAAUGGCUGAAAUCAAUGAAUGUAGCUGUACAUUCCAAACUAAUCUAAAAAUUAUUUCUUUUUGGUGCCCGUAUGUUUUUGUUACUGAUUUUGGGAAAGACACUUGAACACUGGUAUCUCUGAAACCACUAGGUCUCUAGCUAGAACUUUACUUGUGGAAGGAACUUGCUUGCAGCUUUAAAAAGGUAGAAACUCUUCCCAAAUAAAACCUCUUUUUGAA